CGUCACUGUUUAGGCGCCAAAUGUGUUAUUCCCACUUGGGGAGAUUUGGGUUUCGGAGCAGCAGACUGCUGUUUUAUUCUCAUUCCGGGUAUUUUUUGAACUCUCUUGGUUUACAACAGGUUACCACCGCAGUGUUUUAGACAAAAUGAUUGGACAGAAGACUAUUAACUCAUUUUUUUCGCCAGUUUCGAAGAAGAGGACUUCUACGGAGUUAAUUGAAUCCGAGGAGGAUGCAAACGAGCCGAAAAAGCAGAAGGGCUGUGGGGUGGAGACGGAGCAGAGCAGCCCACGCCCUGCCCCUCUGUCCCCGGAGCAGCUGGACAAGAUCGCCCGCAACAAGAAAGCGGCGCUGGAGAGACUGUCUUCCGUUCAAACACCACCAGGGUUCGGGGAGAGCUGGAGGAAGGCGCUGUCGGCUGAGUUUGGAAAGCCGUACUUCAAACAACUGACGAGUUUUGUUUGUGAAGAGAGGAAACGCCACACAGUUUACCCACCUGCUGAACAUGUAUUUACCUGGACACAGAUGUGUGACAUCCGAGAUGUAAAAGUUGUGAUCCUUGGCCAGGAUCCAUAUCACGGUCCUAACCAAGCUCAUGGAUUGUGCUUCAGUGUGAAGAGACCGGUGCCUCCUCCCCCCAGCUUGGAGAACAUGUUCAAAGAGCUGAGCUCUGACAUCAAAGGCUUCCAGCACCCGGGACAUGGAGAUCUGACUGGAUGGGCCCAACAAGGAGUGCUGUUGCUCAACGCUGUGCUGACUGUCCGAGCGCACCAGGCCAACUCCCACAAAGACCGAGGCUGGGAGGCGUUCACUGACGCCGUGGUGCAGUGGCUCAGCAAAAACCUGGAGGGCCUCGUCUUCUUGCUGUGGGGAUCAUAUGCUCAGAAGAAAGGAGCUGCUAUAGACAGGAAACGUCACCACGUCUUGCAGGCUGUUCAUCCGUCUCCCCUGUCUGCUCAUCGGGGGUUUUUUGGGUGUAGACACUUUUCAAAGGCCAACGAGCUGCUACAAAAUUCUGGAAAGUCUCCCAUUGACUGGAAAGCACUUUGAAUUCUAGUUUUCUAGCAUGUGUUCAACUACAGACCAAACCCACCCAUAAGCUUUCCUGCAACCUGUUUUUGCAUCUUCUUAGUAUUGGCAGUUUUUUCUGUAUAGUUUUUUUUUUGAAAGCCUUUUGGCUAAAGCUUACUGUUGAACUGCAUAUCUUUGUAUGCACAUAACAGUUUCCAUGUUGUAAAUAUGUUUUGUACACUAUUGCUCUUUUUUAGGUUAAACAAUAAAGUUCCUUUUUUGUUUUUACUUUUUUUUUUUUACAUAAAUGUUGGGUUAAUUAAAGUGAUUCCAAAAGGCAGAUAUAGUGUUUUAAUGCCUGG